CCCUCGUGUUACUUUUUCUCGUUGUAUUUCGGUUUCAAAGGUUGUUUGAGCAAAAAGCGGAAGAGUGGAACCCAGGCUAUUCUCUCUCUUCACUAUUUUUCUUGCAAAAUUAAAACUUUUUUUUUUAGGGUUAAGGGUUUCCAAAACACAAAUAUUGAGUUCCCGAUCCCCGAUUUCCAUCAUUCAAUCGCCGUCCUGUCACGCCACAUCGUCUCCGGCUUCUUCCCGCCGUCCGAUCGACCCUCAUCCUUCGAAAUUUGGUGGUGAUUUCAUUGGGAAAUCAACAACCCGUGAUUCCCAAAUCGAUUGCCAUCAAUCUCAUCUGUUUUUCCGUUUCCCGUUCGAAUUUCCAAGCUUUAGGGUUUGUGUUUGAAGAGGAAUGUAAACAUUUCGAUUAUUUUUUGGGUUUCUUUUUCUGCCCUGAUCAAAUUGUGUAAAUUGGGUAAUUAGGGUUUUUCAUUUUGUCCGUAUUUGUUUUAUUUGUGUUGAAACGUUGGGAUAUGUAUAUUGAAGAAUUGAAAGGAGGGGAAGUGAUGGAGAAAGCUGGAGAAGUAGAAGAAGCAAAUAAGAGUUGUGGAAAUAGUGGGGUUUUGGGUAUCAAAAGAAACGUUGUGGAAUGGGAUGCGAAAAGGGUGUUGAUAGGUGCGGGAGCUCGUGCACUGUUUUACCCUACCCUGCUUUACAAUGUUGUUCGGAACAAGAUUCAGGCUGAGUUCCGGUGGUGGGAUAGAGUUGAUGAGUUUAUACUGUUAGGUGCUGUUCCAUUCCCUACUGAUGUUCCAAGGCUGAAGGAGAUUGGUGUUUGUGGAGUGAUUACACUAAAUGAACCUUAUGAGACUUUGGUUCCAACAUCUCUCUAUCUAAAUCAUGGCAUUGACCAUUUGGUGAUCCCUACAAGAGACUACUGCUUUGCACCAUCAUUGACAUCAAUAUGCCAAGCUAUUGAUUUCAUUCAUCGAAAUGCAUCACGUGGGCAAAUUACGUACGUCCACUGUAAAGCUGGUCGUGGCCGCAGCACAACCAUUGUUUUAUGUUACCUGGUACACUAUAAGCAGAUGACACCUGUUGCAGCAUAUGAUUAUGUGAGGUCAAUUAGGCCAAGGGUGCUUUUAGCCUCUUCCCAAUGGCAGGCUGUUCAGGAGUUCUACUAUCUUCAAGUGAAGAAGGUUGGUCUCCACAGCCAUGUGGCAGAUUUAAUUUUAAGAACUUCAGACACAGCACCUUCACAAGACCUUGUGGCUUUUGAUGAUGGUUCUGUAGUAGUGGUAACAGAAGCAGAUCUUGAUGGAUAUGAACAAAGUCUUGGAUCAGGUGCCGUGUGGGCAGAUUUAAGUGUGGUAUAUCGAGUUAGGGUUGCUGGUCAGGCAGCACUGGCAAGAAUCUCAUGCUUGUGGCUACGCUGCCAAGCACACCAAAAGAUUUCAGCCCAGGAACUUGGUAGAGAGAGCAGCUGCCUGGGAGGUAUUAGUGUAGACAUCCAUGUCUACUGAAAACUGCAGUUACAACACCCAAGAUGUUGUAGGUGUCUGUCUUCUCUUUUUAUCCUUUCUCGUACAUAAAAUGCAAAUAAUGUUUCUUUAGGCCAAAGUGAAACUAUGUUUCGUCUACCCUUGUAAAUCGAGUUGUUAUAUCUUAUGAAUCAAACAAAAGAUAAAGCCUAACUGCUUAAGGAUCAAGUGUAUAUAUUCUCAUUUUAUAUGGAAGUAAUGUUUGUGACCUGACA